AUUAGUUCUUGACUCUUGAAUUUUUAUAUUUCAUAAUUGUUAUGUACUGUGUUUCUAUUGCGGAGCUUUGGUAUAAGUACCAUUAAUAAUUCAUAUUAAUAUAAAAUCAAAUAAUAUCAAGUUACGAUAGUUAAUGAUUUUAUUUUUCUAUCCUUGAAGGAAGUAAUGUCAGGAAGAAGAGAUAGAUCUAGGUCCCCUUUAAGAGGAGAUAAUAGUGGGCGGAGAAGAGAUAACAAAAAUGGAGAUCACAGUAAAAAUUCUGAUAACAUGUCUAAUGUAAUUAAUCCAAUGAUGAUGCCGAAUAUCUAUCCUCAAGGAAAUAUGAUGAUGGGUGGAAUGUUUAAUAUGAUGAUGCCUAAUGCUAUGAUGGGCGGAGGUAUGAUGACAUCUCCUGGAAUGGACCUGAUGCAGGGACCUGGAAUGGAAAUGAUGUCUCAAGCUACUAUGGAUAUGUCAACAAUUGGACCUCAAACUUUACCACCUGCGCCUCCCCCAUUAGAUAUGGGUAUGAUAGGAGGUGUUAUGGUAGACCCUUCUAUGAUGGGAAUGUAUCCUCCCAAUAUAGGAAGUGAAGUGCCACAUGAUAAAAAGGAAGUAAUUUUAAAACUUUGUAAAUUGAUUCCACCUGAUCCAGGAACUCAGCAACCACCACGUAGAGCAAGACCUCCAGGUUGCCGAACAAUCUUUGUAGGAGGAUUACCUGAUAAAAUAAGGGAAAGUACAGUUAGAGAAAUAUUCGAACGCUAUGGAAGAAUUCAAAUCUUAAGGUUGUCCAAAAAAAACUUUUGUCACAUACGUUUUGACCGAGAAAGUUGUGUGGAUGCGGCAAUGAUAAUAUCAGGAUAUCGAAUAAAGCUUUUGAACAAAGAUAAAGAUGACAUUGAAGAAGAUGAGGACUCCCAUGCCACAAAUGGUUGGCUGCAUGUUGACUAUGCAUUGAGUAGAGAUGAUCAAAAUGAAUAUGAAAGACGUCAGCGUCAAGCCCUUCGUGUCCAGCAACAACAGAUACAACAGCUAACAGCACAACAUGAGGCUAUAGCAAAUCGAAACAUGAACUAUCAUCGCUCACCAUCACCUGUUAGAAUACAACCAUUCUCUAAUGCAGCUGUUGUUCAAUUAGCUGAAAAGAUAAAGAAUGAAGAACAUUUUCCGAGCACUCUGCCCACAUUAAUAUCAUGGCUUGAAAGAGGAGAAUGCUCGAAAAAAAAUUCGAAUCAGUUUUAUUCAAUGAUUCAAGCUACAAAUUCACAUAUCCGAAGGCUAUUUAAUGAAAAAAUGCAAUCAGAGGAGGAAUUACAGGAAUGCAAGGAGAGAGUGAAAACUCACAUACAGAAUAUUAUAGAGCAACUCGAACAGGUGGCGAAAGUGUUUAGUGCGGCCACCCACCAGCGUGUGUGGGACCACUUUACUAAACCCCAGCGGAAGAACAUCGAAACAUGGCAGAAAAUGACACAGGAAUUUAAUACUUUGAAAGAAGAAUUUAAUGAGAAAUUUGUAGUAGAUGACACAGAUUUUAAUGGAUUUAAUAACCGAGUUAUUAAUUUCGACAAUAAUAAUGAAGAAAUACAGGAACUGAAGCGCGAGAAUGAAAGUCUUCGAUUUCAACUCGAAGCGUACAAAAAUGAAGUUGAUGUAAUAAAAGCAGAUGCGCAAAAAGAAAUGGAGAAAUUUAAAGCUCAAUUUAUAGCACGGCAAGCUUUACAAGGAGCGAUGGAUAAAACUCCGCCUUUACCUUCGCCUGUAAAUAAACCGCCGCCUCCACCGCCUUUACCUGAAGAACUCGACUCUAAAGUUCAUUUGAAAGAAGAAGUAGAGGUCCAGUGUGGAGAAGCGAAGUUGAUUGGUGUUAUGUCCGCAUUUUUGCAGGUGCACCCACAAGGCGCUAGUCUCGAUUACGUAGUGUCGUACGUCCGUGCGUUGUUCCCGAGCGUCUCGCAGGCGACCAUACAUCACGUCCUACAGAAACAUGACGAAGUGUUCGAACGAACCACUAGUGGCGUCGGAGCUAAUAUCGAAAACAGAUGGACGUUUGUUGCUUUCAAUACUAAGACAAACUGAAAAUUGUAAUAGUUGAAUGAAAACACUAUAUAUUUCUAUGUUAUAGAGUUUACUAUUGUAAAAUUUAAAAAUUAGGAUAAUGGUUAUAACCAUACUGAUAUAUAUCUUAUACAGAUGAUACCGUAUCCGUACCGUUUUAAAACUAUUUGGUUGGAUAUUGUUUUUCAGGCACUUAAGAGUAUGGUAUAAGUUUUUAAAAUUUAUAUUUUAUAUUAUGUAAAAACAACUAAAAAACCU